CGCCGCAGACCAAGCGUCAGCUGCUGCGUAUCACUAUCGCGAACGCGGCCUCAGAUAAGAAACGGAUGGAUAUUUGUGUCUUGCUAAUAAAAGUUGUUACAGUGGCUUGUACAAGAGAAGAAAGGCUUAAAAUAAUUGAUUUAAACCUUAUGAUGAAAAGUUUUUGGGUUCUUUCAUUUUAUGAGCAACUAAUUAAAUUCUCAUGUUGCUAUUUGAAUAUCAUAAACAGCCGAAAAAAAGUCACUAAAAAUGACACAGAUUCUAGUUCUUCUUCUAAAGAACACGAAAAUUCAAUCGUUACGAGUUGUACAUCAUCAGAUUCUAUGUCUUCUAGAGGACAUACCUCUUUCCCACCAGAAGAAAUGGAUGUCAACCCUGAUGACUCCGAUCAUGAUGAUUCUAAACAUCAGUAUGAAGCAGAAAAAAUUAUAGGAGCUACUGAUGUUGGAGGGUCGUUGAAGUUUUUAGUGAAGUUAAAAGGAAUUGAUGAAGCAGAAUGGAUACCAGCUAUUAAGGCUAAUAAAAAAUUCCCACAAAUCGUUCUCGAGUACUAUUAUUCAUUACCAUUUGACUGGGUUAAAAAAAAAUUAAAUGACAAUGAAUAGUUAUUAUAAUACCAAUAAGGAUGACAAGUGUUCAAAAUGUGACUUUUAUUUUAUAUCAUAUCUUAUUAUAAAUGUCUUCAAUUAUUUAUUAUAAUUAUUUCAUUUUAUUAUAUAUUGCAGGUAUGCCUUACAGAUAAAUUUAUUAGUUCAUCAAUUAUUAAAUAUAUAAAUGUUAGUAAUUAAAUACUUUCAUAAAAUGUCAAUUUUUUUUUUCAUUUCAGUGAUACAGUAUAAUAAUAGUGUUCUCUUAAAAGUUGAUUGUAUAUCAGUUUAUGUUAUUAAAUAAUUAUUGGUUUUGAAAAGUUAUUUCUUAAGAGGACACACCCGUAUAUGUUGUCAGUGUCUUACAGAUGUAAAACAUAGCAAAAACUGUAUUGCACGGGAAAGAACCAAACUACAGCAAAAGUUACUAAGAAACAACAUUUUCACUACAUAAAAAAGAAAAAAUAGGCUGUGAAAUAUUGUUAUUAUUUUUAGAUAUCAUGACUAAAAAUAAAAUUAUUGAAAUUAUUGAAGAAUUGGAUUUUGUAACAAUUAGAAAUUAUAUAAGUGAUAUAAAAUAAAUAAAAACGUUAUUUCACAGAUAAUGUUCUCAACUAUGUUAUUUAUCAAUUUGGAGUCUUAACUAUCACUACACUCAAAGUGGUUCUAUCCCGUGUUAAACAGCUUUUACUUUGUUGUACAUAUAUAAGACGGAAACAACACGCGGUGUAGUGUCCUCUUAAAUGCCAAAAUAUGUUAAUUUAAGUUUAUUUAUUUGUUCAAAUGUUGGGUCUAAAUAUUGAAUACUUGUGCCUUAUUUUAAUAAUUAAAAGCAUUUUUUCACUGUAUAUUAUCUAUUAUUAUUGACAGAGCUAUAGUACCAUAUAAAAUCAUCUAGUUAUUU